UCAACUCUCGCGAUCUUCGAGGCCGCAUACUUAUUACCCACAGUUCCCUUUCCAUUCUCUCUCUUCCCGACGGCCAAGAUGCCGAAAGGAAAGAAAGCCAAGGGGAAGAAGGUGGCUCCGGCCCCUGCUGUCGUGAAGAAGCAGGAGGCCAAGAAAGUGGUGAAUCCACUGUUUGAGAAACGGCCAAAAAAUUUUGGGAUUGGACAAGACGUCCAGCCCAAAAGAGACCUCACCCGCUUUGUGAAAUGGCCCCGCUAUAUCAGGUUGCAGCGGCAAAGAGCCAUCCUUUAUAAGCGGCUGAAAGUGCCCCCUGCAAUUAACCAGUUCACCCAGGCCCUGGAUCGCCAAACAGCUACUCAGCUGCUUAAGCUGGCCCACAAGUAUAGAACAGAAACAAAGAAAGAAAAGAAGCAGAGGCUGUUGGCCCGGGCCGAGAAGAAAGCGGCUGGCAAAGGGGACGUCCCCACUAAGAGACCACCUGUCCUCCGAGCAGGAGUUAACACCGUCACCAGUUUGGUAGAAAAGAAGAAAGCCCAGCUGGUGGUGAUAGCCCACGACGUGGACCCUAUUGAGCUCGUUGUCUUCUUGCCUGCACUGUGCCGUAAGAUGGGAGUCCCUUACUGUAUUAUUAAGGGGAAGGCAAGACUGGGACGUCUGGUCCACAGGAAGACCUGCACCACUGUCGCCUUCACACAUGUGAACUCGGAAGACAAAGGUGCUUUGGCCAAGUUGGUGGAAGCCGUCCGCACAAAUUAUAACGAUAGAUAUGAUGAGAUCCGACGUCACUGGGGAGGCAAUGUCCUGGGUCCCAAGUCUGUGGCUCGCAUCGCCAAGCUCGAAAAGGCAAAGGCCAAAGAACUGGCCACAAAACUGGGUUAAAUUGUAAAAUUUUCUUGUAAAAAAAUAAUAAAAAUUUUCCUUCA